AUGGCGUUCAUCCGCCAAGACUCCUUCCGUUUCGACACAAUCGUGAAUCGCGUCGCGACGCAUGGUGGUGAUCGAGCACGUAGUUCGUCUCCCGAUGAUGUUUCGCGGUGAUUAUUUCUGAGUUCGCAUUGGCAGAUCUCUGCGGAACAGUAUUUGGAACGAACGUCUUACAGAUUAGGUUGGUCUCUUCGGUGGAAAUAUGGAAUCUAUGGAUGCGCGUCUUGUGGCGCAAGCAUUGAACUACCAUGGCCAGCAGUUGCAGAAGGUUUGGGAAGGGGAGCGCAAUGAAAAUGAGCUGGUGAUGCUCAAUCUCAAGGAUCCAAGCUUUGAAAUCUACCAACAACGACAAAAGACUCUGAGCUUUGGGGAUAGAGGCAAACGUCUAAAGCUUCAACAGUUCCUUGCUAAAAAAGCUGAUGCCCUGUAUGAUAAAUCAAAUUUGGAGAAAUCUGCAGAAUACAUUAAACAACAGCUAGGAGAUGAGGAGUUUUAUGCCACAGUACCAGGACUUGAUACUUUUGUCACUAUGGAGAAGUCUCAGCGUAUUCGCAACUUUUUGGAGAGUUUAGUAGUUGGAGAUGUAAUUUACGCGCAAGUAAUGGGUAAAAGUACCGCUGGUCUACUUCUGAAGGUGCUUUGCAACUGCAGUGACUGUCCUAGAGUUGUUAAUGAACUGGGAGUUAAGGCAUUGAUAUUAAAUACGGCCACUAUGCCGGCGGUGGACAAGAAAGGUGUAACGAGAGGCUACAUGGCAAAUGAUCUCGUCUGCGUCGUAGUCAGUGAAGUUAACGUUGAAGCGGAGCGAGUUGUUGCAGUUAUGAACACAGAGCCCCGUGAGGGACAAGCACCACACCCACCUAUGGGACUUAUCCAUUCCGAUGAUCUUCCGGAAGCUUAUAAGAAAGCAAUGGACAACAAAGGACAGAGUUAUGAAACGCUGUUGGAGAAUAGUACUGGCUUCAACAAUCCAAACAACAUAAAAUAUCUGUGCGAUUUAAUCGGUCUCGGACAAGAGAAUCACUCCAACAUGGUUGGCUUGAGAGAAAGAUUUCCACCUAACGAAUACGCUUCUGAGUUGAGACAAGCACAAGCGAGCAAGUGGGCAUUCCGAAGUGUCGCAGAGGGUAUAGAUCAUUUCAAGGCUGGUCGUCACACUGAAGCUUUUCAGUGCCUCAAUAAAGCACUUACUGUUGAUCCUCGCAACGUCGAAGGCUUAGUCGCCCGAGGAGCAUUAUAUGCAAAUAGUGGAAGUUUCAAGAAGGCGAUCGACGACUUUGAGACAGCACUGAAAUUAAAUCAAACACAUGUAAAUGCUCGUAAGUAUAUGGCGGAGACUCUUGUUGCGCUCGGCCGCAGUUACGAAGAUGAGAAGAAGUACGAAGAUGCUCAGAAGGCGUACGAAAACUGUCUGGCUAUUGCUCCAUACCACGAAGAAGCACGGAAUUCUAUCGAGUAUGUAAAAUCUAAGACUCUUACAGCAUCAUUGAAUCCUCUGGAUACUUUUAAGAGCUUUGAAGCCGAAAACGAUGUUGUGGAAAAUAAAAAGGAUAAGAAGAAGCGCAAGAAGGAGAGGAAAUCUAGAUCAAAGAAAAGACAGAGAUGGAGUUCCAGCUCGAGCUCUUCAUCCAGCGGAUCUUCAAGCUCUUCAAGUUCGGACUCCAGCAGCUCUUCGUCAUCUGGAAGUUCACGAUCCGUCUCUCGCUCGCCUAAUCGCAAACGCAAGCAUAAGAAAGAUCACCGUAGCUCACUUUCUCCGCUUAGCAAGCGAAUGGCACAAUAUAAUAAUCCUCCGGCUGCAGCUACCACCACCCACGAUACAAUCGCGCCAACUUCUUACACCACGAACACUCGCGAGAAAAUGGAUGACUAUGAAAUCAAAGUACGCAAGUUUCUAGAACAAACCAAGGAUGAUUCCGAUUACGAGGAUAAGGUAAGGAAGUUUCUGGAAGAGACAGCAAGAUGGAAGAGAGAAAGGGAGAAGGAAAAGAAACAUUCUGAAAGCGAGAAAUUGAAGAAGAAGAAGAAGAAAGAGAAGAAAGGGAAGGAUAAAGAAAAAGAGGAUAAGAAGAGUCGAAAGAAGAAGAAGAAGGAAGAGCGUAAAAAACGUAAAAACAAGGACAAACUUGAACGAGAUUUAGAAGCGCUGAAAAAAUCGUCUUUACCGGAUUUGGAGCAAUUAGAAUCCAAGCUUAAUGCUUAUUACGCGAAAGUUGAGAAAGACUGUGCGGCGCUAAAAAGGUAUGUAGCACAGUAUAAUGACAUACCUUCCCCUCUUAGCAACGCGGAGAAGCUCGCUGAGAGUUCGCGCAGGGAGGAAGAACUGCGCAGAGAGAGGGAGAGAGAGAGAGACGAAGCUUCGAAGGCGUAUCAUGAACGAGAACCUAGGGUACCGAUGACCGCGCAACAGAGAAAAGGUGCUUAUCGAAGUGUUGCUUGUACACUAAAUGAACAAUACGAUCAAGUGUCGUUAUCCCUUGUAGAAAUCCAGAGGAAGCCGUUAACCGACAUAUUUGAACAAGAAUCCCAAUUAAUUCACCCAGAACCGAAGCUUCCCACGCUAGAUACCGCCGCAUUGAAUGCUAAGUGGAAGGCUGCGCAAGCUGCUAGACAAAAGGACGUUCCUUCGCAAAAGUGGCAAGAUGUACCGGACAGCAAAAAGUUGCAAUCCAACGUUUUCGUGGACAGCGACGAUGAUGACGAUAACGAGAUAGAAGAGAGACUUCAACGCGCGGCCCUCGAGAAGUCUUUGAAUAUACGUAAACAAAUGCAACGCGAGCUUGCGGAGAAAAGAGCAACGCCAGCACAGCCGAUGUCCGCACCGACACCUCCGCCACCAUUGCCGAAAGAGCCACCGAUUCCAAAGCAAGCGCCCGUCAAGUACCCUACGCCACAGCCGCAAAAUAAAUUCCAGUCGUACAAGGACCCAUCGCUGUCCGUGCCGCAAGCGACGCCUAAGUUCGGUUCUAGCAACAAUUUGGGUGGCAAGUUCCAACCAAUCGGGCAGAAUAGCGGACAUCCGCCGGAACCACCGCGUCCACCGUCGACGAAGAGUCAAAGCCAAGCCAAAGGGCCGAGAACCGAUUCCGACAGCGAAGCCGAGCGUCAGCAUCGGCACACCCCGAAGAAACGCGAAUCGAGCAGCAGAGGCGGCGGGGUGAAUAAAAGAAUAAGCCGAGAUCGUCCAGCGAAGCGAUCUCGCAGCAGAUCCCGCAGCGCCUCCAGCUCGGGAUCGUCGAGGUCUCGAUCGCCGAGACGAAGCCGCUCGCGAUCGUAUUCGAACCGACGAUCCGGGAGUUACGAGAGAAAGUACAGCAGAUCGCCUUCAGGCACGUACAGCAGAUCGCGAUCAAGGUCACGAUCUAGAUCGUAUACGAGAAGUCGCAGCCGCAGUAGGUCGGGCGACAGGGGUUACUAUCGUAAGAGGCAAUUUCGGCCGUAUAAUAAUCGCGGUACGUACUACAAGCCGCGCUUUCAAGGAUUCAACAAUCCGAAUCACCGUGGUGGCGGCAACAAUUUCCAGAACCGGAACCGCUUCUACAACAAUCAACACAACAAUCGUUUCGGCAAUCGACGCGGCGGUGGCUUCAAUAAUCGUGGUGGCGGUCGCGGCCGCGGUAACCGUGGCGGUAGAUUCUUCCACGGUAAACAGGGCUUCCGCGAUUUCCGCGACAGACGAGACUUUCGAGACCGACGCGCGACGUCGCGCGACCGCUACAGCGAUCGCAGUUACUCGCCCGAUCCGAUGCGAAAGGUCGACGAGGCGAAAGAAAAGAUAAACAAGAUGCUCGAAGGUGGCGACGACGUCGAACAUCAGCAAGGUAGCGGCGGUUCGACUGUACCGCCCAACAAGAGACAAGCCGGACCCUUGAGCGAGGGCGAAGAAAGGGACGAUGAUGACUAUGAGAGGUGGGGAGAGGGAGAGGGGGGCGACACAGCUAACAAGAGUGAGGAGGUUGGACUCGCCGACCUGGAAGGCAAGGAGUACUUCAUUGAGCGCAUGAAGCAGCGAAGCAAGAAUGUUUUAAUGCAGAGAGCCAUUGCAGCUAAGACUUGGUAGAUACUGCUGUCGUCGUCACCGUCGCACUGCUUCUCUGUUUCUCCUUCGUCUGUGAUAUAGUUUCUUUUUCAAACUAUAGUUAACGGCUCUGACCGAAUCACGUGAGGCACACUUUCGUAGAUUUAUAUAUAGUACUGCUCAUUCUUUCAACAAACGUAUCUAGUUAAUUUCAUCCACAUGUAUGGCGUAGCAAUAAUUAGGCCGUUUAAUGCUGUUGUUUUGUUCAACGAAACAUACGAUCGGCGAGUGGCUUUCAUCGUUAUGCAUUAUCGGAAAAACAAUAUUGACUUCUUUUUACCUCACCGUACAAUUUUUCUUCGUGCACAUGGACAGUCAUGAUAUCCUUAACACUUAUGUUGCUAAGGAUACUACUAUUUUUGACCGUAUGCAUACAUGUGUAUACUUUUGAAAGUCGUAGGCACUGUGUGUGUUCAAGUAUAUAUGCCAGUCUGUGUAAUAAUGAAAUUGAGUUUCAUGUGUAUUGAAUUGAGGAGGAGAAAGUCCUUUUGAGUUGAGAAUAAGUCUCUGAGCAUGAUCGAGCGGAAGACUACGUAUUUUUAUUUUGUGAGAUAGCCUGCUGUUGCGAUUCGUUGAAAUGCCUAAAUAGAUACUUUCGUUUUGUUUGUAUCUUCGUAAUUAAGGAUGAAACCCGGAAACGCAGUCACAUGCGAAUGGUAUCCCUCUUCGGUCCAUAUUUCUUAAUUUCCCAUAAAACUUUGUGAAAAACGCGAAUAUGCUAUUAUAAUCUCUUCAUUAUGAAUUAUUAUUUUAAGUCAUAUAGUAAUAGAAUAAGGAUAUUCAUGUAUGUUGUAUGUAAACGACAUUGCUGUACAAUUGAAGAUCCCAAAUACACGUAAAACAAAUCUGCAAAGCUCA